GCCACCUCGACCAUCGAAAUCAUCGGUCGCGCUGCGUAAAAUAAUUCUAAGCUUCAAUUACUUCAUCCGAUGUCGCGGAUAUCGGCUACUAAAAAUAAAAGGGGAUCCCGCCCGUGAAAUCGGGAAGGGGUAAACGGGUGGCAGAAGGGAGAUAAAGCCAGGAACUAAGAGGAUACAACAAGUUUAUGACGUUCGAGGGAGCACAGACGCUCGAAAUCGAAGCUUUUAACGAGAAGUGCAGACUUAUUUGACGGUGCAGCGACUGCGGGGCGCCGCGCACACUCUUUCCCUCUCUCUUUCCCUCCCGCCUCCUAUAAAUAGAUCCGACACUACCGCGAUUGCGGCCCUACAUCGUGCGGCUAUUUUCGACAAACAUCGCCACUCGUUACAGUUCUCUCCACGCUCGCUUCACGACGGGUUUCCAUCCUCGGCGGCUCCUCGAACCCGCGAACAAAGACACACAGACGCGCUGUUUACGCCGCGAGCAAUAAGAAUCAUCGCCGAUCCGUGACGGCUCCUCGGCGACCUGCUGCCGCUCCUCCUUCGGCUCCUCGUCUCCACUUUUUUCCCUCGACACAUUAAUCGUUCCUAAAAUGAAUAUUUAUUACAAUUUAGUGGGUGUGUGAUCUACGCGGUUUGAUCAUCACGGUGAGAAUAAGUGAGAUGAUAUCAGUGCGAUGAUCUCGCGAAAAGGUUGAACGUUUUUCGUGGAAAUAUUCGAAUCGAUUUCACGCCGAUUUGAAUAAUCAUCAAUUUUGUAAAAUUCAAUUCGAUCAGAAUUGCCAUGGAUAAUAAAUGGAUGAACUGAAUGAUUCGUGCAUGCCAAAUUAGAAUAGGAAUAUUUCCAAGGGAAUGGUUAAAAAAAAAGGAUAUUUGAAUCAGAAUUUUCUUAAAUUUGCCUCUCCAGCAAUGGUAACGAUUGCUCGAUUUGGAAACAGCAACAGUGGCAGGUAGAAUAUUCUACGGAUAGAUUAGAUAGUCGAGGAUGUUCAGCUCGCUGAGGCUGACCAGCAUGCGCUCGCACAAAAAUCGUGCUAGGCCAGGGAGCGUGGCCACGUCUGCCAGUUCAGAUUCAGCUCGACCAGACGAGAUCUCACCCCAGUCUUAUUAUCCAUACAGUUUUUUGCUAUUAGAUGAUCAAGACGCUCCUGUAUCCACUCCUUCCAGUGUAUCCUCCAAAGUUGCCCAAGUAAUGGAACGUGAGGGGGGAAGUCUCGGAGUUACCCUCAGAGGUGGAGUUUCCAGGGCUUUGGUGGUUACCGGGGUGAAGUCCGAUGGGCCAGCGGCUAAAGAAGGAAGAGUCAGGCCUGGAGACAGAUUAUUAGCAGUAGACGAUACCGAGUUGAGGGGUCUGACCUUAGCUGAGGCUCAAAGGGCGCUUAGGAGGAGCUCUGAUGCUCCUGUAGCUUCUUUGACUAUUGAAUAUGAUGUUGCUAACAUGGAAGAGGCGAGGGCAGCUACUUCCGGUCCCUUGUUGGUGCAACUAGAACGUGGACUCUCGGGAGAAUUAGGUCUGACGGUCAGAGAAACGCCAAAUGGAGUGUACAUUGAAAGUUUAAGACCAGCAAGUACUGCAGAUCGAUGUGGAGCUUUGCAACCUGGCGACAAAUUGUUGGCAGUGGACGAAACUCCUGUCCAGGAUGCUGUGACGGCUGCCAAAUUACUCAGAAAUAAUUAUGAUUCCCGCAUAGCUAGAUUGCAGAUCUUACCUAGACCUCCCAGUGCUUCGCAGAGAACCGUAAAAAGAAGGGCGCAACCGCAGGCGCAGCAGACUUCUAAUCAGACUUUGCAGACUACGGAAAGCCUAACUGUAGUCCUCAGACCGGAUCAUAAGGGUUUUGGUCUAGCUUUAAAGCUCACCGAGGACCGUUUAAAUUAUAUUGUUAGUCUAUUAGAGGCUGGAGGUCCGGCAGAACGCAGUGGAGUACUCCUUCCUGGAGACAAAGUGCUUGCAAUUAAUCGUAAAAUGCUUCGAGAUCUUCAACCAGCUGAGGUUACUGGUAUCUUGGAAACUUCUCAAGUAAUGGAACUGGUGAUAGAAUACAAAGUUGGUGGACCAGUUGUACCUAGUUCAGGAGUAUUCACAGUGCGUGUGGCAAGACCUGUAGGCGGCCAGCCUGAUGUGGGCCUCACAGUCAACGAAGAUUUGAUCAUUAGCGAGGUUCGCAAGGGAUCUUUAGCCUAUAGAACUGGCAGCUUAGCACCAGGGGAUAGAUUAUUAGCAAUAGACGGACAAAAAUUAGACCCUGGCGACCUCCGACAAGCCGCACAAUUGUUACAUCGACCAGGAAGUUCUGUUAUCUCUCUGACUGUGAGGAAACCGAAUCCUAUUUCAGAAGCAAGAGAAUACUGCAAGGACUCGAUCAUAGGUAGCGAUUCAGUGCAACAAUAUUCUCCAGGAAUUCUUCGACCGGCUAGAGAGAGUCUACCAAGCGUAGAUAGUGCAGUGGAUUCUUGGGGAGAACUGGGAGAGAAUAAUGGAACUGGUCCGGAGAUUCUAAGGCUCUGGGACACUGCUUCUGUGGAUAGUGGACAAUUAGAACUAUCUAUGCCUCCUUAUCCUGGACCACAAGAAUGCAAUAAUCCAGAUAGACCACAACAAAUAGUCCAUGUCUCCUUGCAUAAAGACCCAGUGUACGAGGACUUUGGCUUCUCAGUGUCUGAUGGUCUAUACGAACGUGGAGUUUAUAUUAAUCGUCUUCGACCUGGGGGACCGUGCGACGGUGUUUUAAAACCUUAUGACAGAAUUCUUCGAGUAAACGAGGCUAGCACGGAAGAUUGUGACUGUUGUUUGGCUGUUCCAUUGAUUGCUGCGGCUGGUCCACGUUUAGAUCUCACCAUAGCACGAUCAGUAUCUCCUCCUAACAUUAUAAAAACUCUGUAAAGGAGAGCGAAUCAAAGUGUAAUAUGGAAAAUGGUGGUGAAUAUAUCUGGUAUAUUUUUGUACACACCUGUAUUUUAUUUAUAAAAAUAAAUGUAUAGAUUGCUUUUAGCUAGAACAUGUUCUCCUGCAUACAACUCACGCAUACCAUCAAAACAUAUCAUACCAAAACAUACGCCUCUAGAACAACGUGUAUUUAAUCCUCUAUGAAUUAUUUUGAAAAUUUAUAAAAGAAGGUAUAAUUGCUGGAACUAAUAUAAUAAGGCACUCGAUUCCUGAUUCUAAUAGGAUUACGAUUAAUGGAUUUAAAUUAAAUUAAUUUCCAAAAAACCAUUUCGUGCUUUUACGAUAUCUAGAACCUCACUGUAUUCGUUCCAUCAACUAUAUUCUUAUAAUUCAUAAAUUAAUAUAAUAUUAUAUA